CCAUGAUCCCAUGAGUCAAGCCUAUCACCAUCCAAGAAAGAACACGGUUCCAUAGCCGAGACCCAUCCAACCAUGGACCAGCCAUCAUCGCGGACGAAUUUGCCGAGCUCGAGCUCAAAGGACCAGACUCGAUCACAGAUCAUUGGCAGCUUUUGGAUUGUGAUCAUCCUCAGUUUACCAGUAUGGUGGAACACGACCAAGAUUGAAAGACAGACUCUACCCAGAUCGGAAGUCGAAGCAUGGGAUGCUCGCAAGUCAUGUCCGAUUCGAUUCCCUAUCAAACUUACAUCAAACUCACCCGAAAUCACCUCUGUCUCCAUGCAAUCACAAGUUCAGAGUUUGGCGUCCCGUUUGGAAAGUGGAGGGAACCAGUACCAUGAUUCGAUCGACAUCUUGACUGCCAGAUGCUUUGAUUUCCACGUCGAUUCAUCCCCGCACUCAGGUUCUGGAAAUCGUGUUAUCCUUCAUCGAUCGCCUUCCGAUAUACAGAACCACACUCGAAAUUUUGCCUUCCAGAAAGACAUCGAAAUCACACUGACAACAAGCGAUAAGCCCAAGGAAUUGCUUCGGUUUAUUGCCCCACUUUCCAGCUCAUCAUCUUCUACACAAGCCACCGACUCACGUGUCAUCAAAUACUCUUCUCAGUUAAAGCUUGUCUUUAGUCUCUUGAAUGAAGAUUGUACCCAAUCAGGUUUUAUUCGAAGUUGGAGCAUUAAACAUGCCAUCGAACUUUACCUCGAAGACCUUUUGGCAAGUUUCGCACCUCUGCAUAACUUGACAUGUCAAACCCAAAUAUUGCAACAUUCCCCACUAGCGUUCGAACCGACUGUAGUAGCAAAUGGAGAUCAGACCACAUAUGUGGUUGAACAAGAAGAAUUAAAAGCAUUCAUCAAUGACGCGGAUUGGAACCUUGCCUCUUCGGUGACCAUGGAGCCUGUCAUAAAUUUUGUGCUCUGGGUACCUUCGCCUAACCACAGACCAUUCAAAAUUCGACGAACGGAUGGCACCUUUGACUCCGAUGGCAGUUUCAUUAGACCGCAAUGGGGAAGUGUGGUGAUUUAUAAUCCUGACGAGAAGAGUAUGAGCAGCGAUGGAGUGCCUCGGCUGGGAGUAACCGAGCUUGCCCGACCGAUGCAAAUCUUUCGACACCAUCUACUCAGUCUUUUAGGUCUCGUCGACAACCUCGAAACUCCUGAACAACGUGCACUUGCGCUCGAUGCCAUCGUGAGACGUCGGAUUGUAGAGAACAGUCUCGAGGCGAUCAACUCGAUGCAAGUGAUCGUUAAACUAGUCGACGAUCAAACCAACAUGAGGGUUUCUAUGGAAGUGCAGAACCAAGUGAAAGGAGCUCUAGCAAGUCUCAAGUCUGCCCAGGAAGAGCUCAUGAAAGCAGAAGGAUCAUUAUGGAUGGCCGCGCUUCACGCAGAUGAAUCGAAGACCUUAUCGUCAACUGCCUUCUUCAGUCCAACCAUGCUCUCCUUACUCUAUUUCCCAGACGAACACAAAUACGCUAUCUAUACUCCCCUCUUCGGCCCUGUACUUGUUCCAUUAGUCAUCGCUUUGAUCAAAGAAUUAAAGUCUCGUCGCAAGAAAAAAUCAUUGAAAGAGAAGGAGGAAUAAAUUUUUCUUUUGUUGUUAAUUAUGAAGAAAAUUUACAAGACAUCUACUGGAAGUGUUUGUCUGAUUGUUGGAUGGGUUGAGAGAAGCCAGGACCGUCAUUGCUAACCUUCUCCUUCUACUUUCACGUGGACACAACUGUAACCUGAGUGACUCUCGCAAUGCUUUUUAAGCAACGCACUGUAGAUAAGGAGUGGAGAAGAACGUCCGCUCGGUUUGUUUACUGUGUGCAAGUUACUUGCUUCCUGUUCCUGAUCACCAGAUUCUGCUGAUAAAUGUUUUUUUGGCCACUGGACCGCCUUGCAUCUUUGUUGUUGAACAUUGCCUGUACAUAUGUGUAAAAACAUUUGAGGAAACUACUCUCAAAAUUUAAUCCACUCACUGGGCAUGUGUUUUGUUGCAGAGUUAAUAAAAUCUCGAAUUAUCAACUUGUAA